UCACGCCAAUAUGUAACGUCUGCUUGAGCAAGAAAUAUUUAGACUGACUGCUGUUCGCUAGUUGGGUUGCUGUGACGGCUGACAAGAUGUCGACGCCUACAAAAGUUAAACUGAUCGCUUGUGGAUCGUUUAAUCCCAUCACGAAUAUGCAUUUACGUAUGUUUGAAAUUGGGAGAGAUGCAUUGCAUCGGUCUGGUAAAUUCCGAGUGACUGGAGGAAUAAUAUCCCCUGUCAGUGAUGCAUAUGAGAAAAAGGACCUGGUAUCUGCCAAGCACAGGUGUGAAAUGAUCCGCCGCGCAUUGAAAACAUUGCCCUGGGUCAGGUUGGACACAUGGGAGUGUGAGCAGUCAAAGUGGUCAGAGACAGCACGUGUGUUACAGCAUCACCAGGCAAAGAUCGACUACGUACAUAGAUCCACCUCAUCACCCUCAUACACGCCAACCAAGAAAAGGAAAAGAGAUUCAGAAGGGAGUGAGUUCGAAUUUUCUAACACAGCAGUGAACAAUAUAAAUGAAGCACCAGUGCAAUUAAAACUUCUCUGCGGAGCAGACUUGUUAGAAUCUUUUGCUGUCCCUGGUCUUUGGAAAGAUGAAGAUAUAGAGGAAAUUGUGGGUCAGUACGGGCUAGUUUGUAUCACAAGAUCUGGAGCAGACAUCAGAAAAUUUAUUUAUGAAACAGAUGUUUUAUACAAAAAUCAGAAUAAUAUACAUAUAGUAACAGAGUGGAUACAGAAUGAAAUAAGUGCCACAAAAGUGAGACGAGCUCUGCGGCGGGGAGAAAGUGUGAAAUAUUUGUUACAGGACAGUGUGAUAGACUAUGUGAUGGAGCAUCAGUUAUAUGGCGUACCCGACAACAAGUACAUAGACCACAUGACGGACUCGCCGAGUUUUGACCAAGUUCAGUCCUUCACCAUGCUUCCUAAACAGAUCAGCCUUCCAGACGUGUUAGACUCGCCACCACGAAGUCCCCGACAACAAGUCAUCCGGUUAGAAGGCUCUACCAAGAGCAAAACGCCACCGGUAACCCCUGCCAAACCUCCACGCCAAUUAAACUGCUUGACGGACAUCAAUGCCAUCGUGCGGCGGAUGACAAACAUUAAAGUUCAUUUUCCAGAGACGUGUGUUUGACAGCCAGACGAACACGAGCCUUUUGAAGUUAAGAACAAGAGAUACCAGAUAGCAAACGUCUGUACACAUUACAAGGGUCCAGAAUCUCUCAUCUGAGGAGCAGGAAGAUGUCAUUAUUAAAAUGAACAAUGAUGACAAGUAUUAUAAUCCUAACAUGCAAGCUUGUGUACUUUACCAGGAUAUACCGAUGUUAAAAUGGUAACCAAUUAGUUCCAAGAUAAGCAGGACUACAUCAGGUGUGGAUUAUAGACGUGUUACUGGCCUGAAGGCUAAACCUCCUAGCUGCUUGUGCGUGUGGACUAUAAUUGGACUGACAAUGCCUAAGAUUUUUUACCAGGUGCUAUGAAAAGGCAAAAUAUUGAUAAUAUGACAGAUGAUCUUGGAUAAUUACGUCCUUUUGUACAGGGCAUCAUUCUUCUCGUUUUCAGUGAGUGCAGUUUCAAGUGCUGGGUAGUUAUGAUAGAUGCAAGUUCGUGAAAAAUUGGCCUAAUAGGUCUUGCAGUGCAUCUAACCCAAGCUACAGUGUGGACCUUCUUUAGAUAUGGAUAGCGUUCUCUGGAAUUAUUGAGCUAAUGCUGAUCGGGAUUUCGUGGCUCUUUGACUGAAGGACCAUAACUGUCUGCUGGAUUAUAUUCUAUGGGAAUGUUCCACCAAUGGUUUGUUGCAAACGCAUGGACUUCGAAUCUAAGUUUCCAACCGAGCUUUCAUAAAAGCUCUAUUUUUAACAUUCUUGAGGUCAGAGAGACGUGUUUGUGUCCUGUACCAGAUGUUCUGCGUAAUUCCUUGGAUAAGGAUUUAUCGCUGACCAAACACUGCUGACAGGCUUAUACUCCUCUUACUGCUGAGACGGAUAUUUUGUAUAUUUACAUGACUGACUUUCACACUUCAUAUAAUGUUAUAUCCCAGACGUAUGUCAUUGUUUGUUGAUAUUACUCUUGUUUUGCUAACAUGCUGUCUGUAUUGAUUAAACAAGGGUGUCAGUUGUACUGGUAACACCGCGCAGAAAGCUCAGCCAGUCUGCAUGGAGAGAGCGUGGAUAUGGCUUUACGACUCAGAAUUAAUGGCUGGAGAAACUUGACGCCUGAAUAAAUGUGAGUGAUUCAUGGUGGAUGGAUAAGGAUAAACGUAGGGAAGACCUUCAUUGAUUUCUGAGGUAUCUUGCAGGUCAAUUCUCCUUGACUGCACCUGCUUACCAUUCAGUAUAGCUUUUGUACAAAUUUACGAAAUCAACCAAGAGUUUUUUAACGCAUCCCUCCCUUACCAGUACUGCUGUAAAGGAAACAUAAUUUACAAUUUUCAGUUCAUGUCAGAUUUUAGGGAGCGGCAGAUAAAUACGGUAUAGGUUUUUCAAACUAAUUUGUCUGAUUUGAUCUAAAAAGACCAUGAAUUAGGAUAGCAAUUCAAUAAUACGUACGAUAGGCCUGACAGACAAAACAUCACUUGACAUUAUAUUUGAUUUGUGGUCAUUUUGACAUCUGUGAAGUCACCUACAUGCGAAUAACUGUUUUUAGCAUCUAGUAUAUGCAGGCUAUUCUACGUCUAAAUGUACAAUAUUACUAUGUCCAAACGCAGCGUGUGGUAACUUAUGUUAAAAGAAAAGAACACAUUUAUGCAAACUAUAAUUUAAAUGACAGCUAUAUAAACUGUGUGUAAUUCUGUUUUUUAUUUUCAGAUUUUGUAAAGUUUUCAUAAGAGAGAAAAACGGUUUUAAACAUCGUCAUUUGCUACAAAAUCCACCGAUUCGAGGCACAUUAUAAGCCCCGCCAUGUUUUAGGCUUGUCCAAUGAAAAGUCUCCCUCCUUCCUCGAAUAUUUAUAGUCAAGGUGCUUAAGAUUUUACUCUUACCGUAUGAUUACCAUGCAUUUCUAGUCUCGGGUAAAUACGCAUGUAUAUCAUGAUACUCGUGCAGUCUGGAAAGCAAAAGUUUGGGAUGUGCUAUACAACCACACCAUGCCUACACUGAUGGCUGUUGUCUGCCAAAAAUGUGUCUGGAAUGCCAUAUUCUGAAGAGCUACUGGGCAAAGCUAAGCACGAUGACCUAUGUAAUCUGUUGUAAUCUGUAAUCUGUGUAAUCAAAUGGCGACGUAAAGGUGACUUCUGGGCCUUCGAUCUUUUAAUAUUAAAUGCUCAAAUAACAAGCCCUGCUGACAGAAAAUUUAGAUAUUUUAUUUGAUUUUAGGUAUAACCCUUUCGUUAAAGGUAUAGGUUGUAAAAAUGUGUUCUUUUCUUUUAAGCUUUUAGCUAAUUUCGUCAUCCUGUGAGCCUUCACUUUCGAUUUAAAUAUCAGAUGUUCACGAGAGUAUAAUUUUAUUUAUUAAGAUUUUCAAUUCUGACUACUGUAUAUAUAAGUCACUGGCCGUGAACAGAAAAUGUUAUUGAUCGAACUUUUGUUCGAUCAGUAACGUAUUGACGGUGCUGAAGGUGAACAAAACUAGAGUUGCCGCAUGUUACAUUGAUAUUUUGCUCCAGCUGGUUAUAUAUAUAUUGUACAUAAAGAUUGUAUAUUUCGAGAGAACGUCUUCAGGGAUCUAUAACAAUGCAAUUACGUGCUUUCUAUGCUUGACCAACGCGUGAAUAAUAUAUAUGGUAUGUUGGUUAGUACUUCUAGCAUUGCUGAUGUGAGAUUUCAAGGGACUGUAUACAUAUACAGAUUCUGGCCAGGGUGGUGUGGAUUUUCAAAAGCCACUUUCUGGUGUAGGCACCAUGUAAAGGAAUGAUGCACUCACUCACUAUGAAUUGUCUCAAUUUUUUUGCCUACCUCAAGAGCGGACUAAACAGUUGGUACCAAAAAAAUCCAUCUUACGAAGACCAAGCUUGAGCAUGUAUACAUGCAGGCAAUUGUGUGGCCAGUCUGGUGUAAUUGGAUUUCCAUACCGCAUAAACAUUGGUUAUGUCUCCAAUACGUUUUGACAUUCGCUGGAUGAGAUUGCAGUAAAUACAUGUAGGAAUUUAGUUCUCAUAGCUUGAUUACAUUGCUUUUCAUAUCCCAGUCGCGUCGCGUGAAAUGUAAAUCGCCAGACAGGCCAGAAGUCUAAAUUGCAUGUCCUAUUUCCUCACAGUUUAUCAGUUUUGUUUUGUUUUUCCCGUUUGUUGUUUGUCCAGACACGUUGUACGAUGACCAAGGAGAUGAAGUAUGCAUAUAUUGUUAGAGCAGCGUGGACAUUUAAUCUAAGAAUCUGAUGAAAAUAAGGGAUAAUAUGUUGGUAUAAAGUGUAUCUAUUGGGAUGUAAACGAAAACUUUAUACGCCGAAAAGCGUGUAUAUUGAGUUGUAUACAGUUUGUAUUGGUCUGAAAGCAUUGGAAACAAUUAAGGGCACAUAAUGCUUUUUCCCGUAUAUAUAACCAUCUAGCCGGUGAACGGAAAUCAUCUUUAAUCAUUUGUCAUUCUGUAUUUUAAAUGUUUCGUCAAGCUGGUAUGUGAAGAAUCCACCUAUUUCUGGGUUAUUUAGGGUAGUCUAUUCUCCAAUAUUACAAAUGUCGCGUGAUAAUGCGUGAAAAGCCAGUAGUGCACCUAUCUCUUCUGGAUUCGGUUAAUCUGUAUGUUAUUGCUUCGAAUUCGAAUAUCUUUGAGAUUUGCUGUGUCCUAGAUAUUUAUAUAUCUUUUUUGGUAUUUCGACGUUGUUUUAGUAGAUGAACUUACACAGAAAACCAUUUUCAUCAAUAUUUGCUUUACCCGGGAUUAGACGAAACUCCGAAGUCAUAAAACCCUUUAAAGCUUUACACUCUUGUGCAGUUUAAUAGCUAGACAUCUACAGACUCCAGAUAUAAAAGCAAACACUUCAUUGUCUUAUCAGACAAUAGUUCCAUUCUCUGUCUUGUGGGACAUGUACUCUCUGAAAACCACUGUGUAGUAGUGGUGCACAGUGUUGUGGCAAAUUGCACACUCACAUAAUUUUGUGUACCAGCACGCAAAUUGUGUAUUUCAUGUAACACAUCCACAGUGAUUUGUGUAUAUAUUUGUGUACCGCUGAUACACGUCAGUGUGGAUGUACAAAUGUGUACACAUUAGUUUUUAGAGAGUAUAACUAUUAUAAACAAAUACAACCAGCACAAAUACUAAGCCUAUCAAAAAUGAAAUACAUGUUUGUCUAAAUAUAUAUGAUACAUGGUUAAGACCAUGUACAAUAAUGUACUUGUGUUAGUACGUAUUUGUUUGCGUCGUGACGUUAUGUGUAGCUAUACAUCGUGUUAUUCCGAACAGCAUAGGCUGUCGCCAAUGAGCAUUAAUAAAAUUGAUCACUGCAGUAAAGGUCACAUAUACAUGCAUCCAACUAUAUAGCAGCGGUGUUCAUACCAUACAGUGUAUGGUCACGUUAUCUGCAGGGAAUUGAUUCGGUCAAGUAGUAUAACUCUAUUAAAGCGACGAAUAUGAGACUACGUGUUGUUCAUUUAUUUGUAUGUGUAUAGUCUGUGAUCCAUAGGGCCUUACAACCUUUUUUACCCGGUGUUAGACCUACGGCUUUGUUAUGCGAACUAGAUUUCCAGCUGUUAUGUACCAGUAUAUUCAGUGUAUAUGCACUGAGACAAGACCAGUUGGACUUACGUAAGUCUGACUGAACUUUUAACCGGC